GAGAGUGGGCAGGAAACAGCGUGUCUGGGUAAAGGUGGGAUUCGGCCCUGAUUACUACCAGUGUAAAUGAAAAGUGACCCCUCCCCCACAUCACUGGAUGUAAGCAAGAGCAGAACCAAGCUCUAGAUAUGCAAAAUGGCUAUUUGAGCAGGUCGUUGGCCUCAGAAACUAAAUGUGAAAACAUUUACCAAGGCUUCUCUGACUGCAUCUUAAAACUGGGGGAAAACAUGGCCAGCUACGAGGAGGCAGCCGGGGAUGAUGUGCAGGGGCUGCACACUAUUUGCGGGUAUUGGGAUGAAUUUCACAUGUGCACCAUGACUGCUCUUUGGGAAUGCCAGAAGGAGGCAGCCAAUAUCUGGGAGACUCUGAAAAAGGAAUCUAGAAAAAUCAAAUUCCAAGGCAGCUUGUUUGAUCUCUGCAGUCCCAACAGCUCCCAUAGCUUCAGCGUGACAAAUGUUUCAAACUUUGUUGUCUUAAGCAUCCCUCUGAUAGUCACUUGGCUCAAUUUGUAAAUGGAGCCCUUGGUAAGUAUUGGAAUGAAGAGGUACUGUCAGUGACAUAAGAGUAGUUCUGAUCAGAAAUGUAGUAUUUCCAACCCUCCUUUGAGAAAUACGGCAUAUGGUGCUUGAUACACACUUGAUUUUAUUAUUCCAGGUCCAUGAGCCUCAGCAGCAUCUCCUUGGUUGCACUGUCUCUACAUAACUUACAUGAUUAAUCAAACUCAACACUUGCUAUAACUUGACAUUGUCCAGCUGCAAGUGCAUCCAUAGCUCCCACUGACAUGGUGUUAGUGUUGGAAGCUGUAGACUGUGGGCCAGAGCACUGAGGAGGAAAUUCAGGAUUAGUGCUAAACGCUAGCCUCUUUUGCACUCUUCUAUCUAUAGUCACAGGAAGUGCAUCUGUUUAUUCAGCUGCCUGUUUCUGCCAGACAAUUUCCCCACCUUUUUUCAUUGGUGAUGGGUAGGAGGAAGCAAUUACUGGUGGUGUUUUUGAAGUGCAGGGAGAAUGUACUGAACCUGUCAAAGGCAGGAAGCAUUCUUUGUCAUAUUGCUAGUAAAGUUCUCCCCAAGGGGAAGCCCCGCCUUGCAGAACAAUCUCGGACAUGUCUGUUUCUUGUAAGAUGCACCUUGCUGCCUAAAUGGGUCUUGUGUUAUGUGCAAAUCUUUUCCUAAGGAACCAAGAGGGAAAAACAUAAUGGCUGUGUCUAGACUGGCCAGUUUUUCCGGAAAAUCAGCCGCUUUUCUGGAAAAACUUGCCAGCUG